UUUUCUCCUCCAAAUUUCUGUUAAAACAAUAAAAGUCGUUUGGUUUUUCGAAGUCUCCUCUCUCUCUCUCUCUCUCUCUCUGUCUCUCUCUGUCUCUUCGUUCUCUCUUUCUAUAUACACAACCUAUACAUACAUAUAUAUUCGAAAUCUCUCUGUGUAUGCGUCUCUAGUUUCGAUCUUUCGCGCUAAUCUUCCGUUUCUGUUGCUUUUCUCUCUCUAGGUUUCCCUUGUUUUGUUUUUUGUUUUUUUGCGGAAAUGGAAAUGUCGGGAGUGGAGGAUUCGAGCUUUCUGAUGAUUUCGUGCUACGCGAUUGGUGGAGGAAUGGUCGCCGGAAAACGAAUAGCUCGAAGGUUUCUUAAGACUUUUAUAAUACCCACGACGCCGCGGUGUUGUAAGUUCAGGUUGUUCUGAACUUGAAGUUAGGGUUUCUUUAUCUUUUUUGUUCGAUUUUCUGUUUUACUGUGGUUGGAGCUGGAACUUGGAGAUUUGGCUUACUGGGGGUGUAAUUUUGGUGGCGUUCUUAUGCUUCAAGCUUUUUAGUUUUACGAUGUUUGGGAAUGGUGUUUCUAGUUUAAAUUCGGUGAGGAAUUUGACAAUUUUGUGGCCUUCAACUGAAGUUUAGUUUCCUAGAAUUCUGUGUAAAAUUCCAUAUUUUGUUACUGAAUGCUCUGAGUGAUGUUGAAUCUGGCCUUUAAUGGUAAAUGAAGCUUGAAUAUCGAACUUCUGUUGGAUAUUGUAUAAAGGCUGUAUUUGGAGCUUAAAGAAAUCACUGAAGGCUUGAAGAAUUUUCCUACAGGAGGGAUAAAGUUUUAGUUGGUCAUGUUUUCUGUGGGUUAAUUGAUGUGGAAUUUUUAGGUUAUCAUCUCAUUUGGUUCAAGCUAAUAGACAUCAAUUGAAGAGUUUGAAUGGCGGGAAGGAAGGAAUUGGGGUUCCCAAAGACGGGUGGUGGUAAUUUGAAAGAGCAGUUGGUGAGAACAACUCUUCGUAAUGUGAGAUCACAAGGGCACCCAUAUGUUGAGCUUAGGGAAGAUGGGAAGAAGUUGAUCUUUUUCUGUACUUUGUGUCUUGCGCCUUGUUAUAGUGAUUCAGUCUUGUUUAAUCACUUGAAGGGCAAUUUACACACUGAAAGACUAGCCACUGCACAAGUUACACUGCUGAAACCAAAUCCAUGGCCAUUCAGUGAUGGUGUCUUUUUCUUCCAUAAUGAUUCAGGGGAGCAAACUAAAUGUUCGCCUGUUUCAUCUUCUGAGGGAAACAAGUUGCUUGACACCCGUCAUGUGGAUGCAGAUAGCCUCGAUAUUGUUAGUUAUGCAGGAGACUUGGGACAAAAUGCUGUUAAUAAUGUUCUGCAACAGAUUAACGAUCAUGCAUGCUGUGAUGAAAUUCCAUGUCAUUCCAAUAUAGAUGGUGAAGUCACUAGUCAAGAAUUAGUUAUUCCAUCCGUGCUACAAAAAGAUGAGGUAUCCAAUUUGGUAGUGAAGCAUAUGGGAAUUGGGCGAAUUGGUGCUAGGUUUAGUGAGAAGAAUGGAGUUUCCAGUGAAAUUUGUAAAAUAUGGUGUGAAUGGCUUGGGAACAAGGGUGUCGUCAAUGAAGAUAUUAAUGUGGUUCCAGAGCAUGACUUUGCUAUUGUUACUUUUGCGUACAACUAUAACUUGGGUCGAAAGGGCUUACUUGAUGGUUUCAGAUACUUGCUUCCGUCUAGUCCUCAUUCUGAAGCUGAGGAUAGUGGUAAUUUCAGAGGCAAGAAGAGGAAGUCAUUUUCCGAUCCAGAAGAUCUAAGCGAGGCCUUGACUAAUCCAGAAGACUCUUCUGGAGAAGAGUCUCAAUCUUCAAACAAUUCUGAUCUGAAAAUGCUAUUAUCCGGAAAUGAUGAUCAGUUGGUUUAUUCUCGAAUUGUUUCAAGCAAAACCAUGAGGAAGCAAUUGAGAAACCAACAGCGUGUUGCCUCCGAGAGGUCCUGUGAUAUCUGCCAACAGAAGAUGCUCCCGAAUAAAGAUGUGGCUGCUCUCUUGAACAGGAGGACUGGAAAGCUUGUUUGCAGUAGUAGAAAUUUGACUGGGGCGUUCCAUCUGUUUCAUAUAUCCUGUCUCAUUCAUUGGAUACUGCUUUGUGAGGUUGAAAUUUAUGCGAAGCAGUUAAUUGAGCCCAAAGUGAAACGGAGAUCAAGGAGAAAGGUUAAAGGCAAGGAUGGGGAGAAUGGUGAGAAGCAUGGUAUGCAAGAGAAGCAAAUCUACUCUGCAUUCUGUCCGGAGUGCCAGGGAACUGGUAUAAAUAUUGAUGGAGCGGAACUGGAGAAACCAACUGUUCGACUUUCUGAGAUAUUCAAGUAUAAGAUCAAACUAUGUGAUGCUCACAAAGCAUGGAUGAAAAGUCCAGAAGUGUUGCAAAACUGCUCUGUGGGCCUGGAUUUCCCUCCUUGCACCGAUGAUGUUUAUCAGGACAAUGCAGCGUGCCUGAAAUUGCUGAACUUCUAUCGUGCCACCAAUUAGAUCCGGUCCCCAAGUGGCUAAGAUGGAAGGCUGGUUUGAUUUCUGAUAUAUUCGAUGGGUGGAACUCACAUCUAACUACUGUAUUUGGUUGUAAAUCUGAUGGUGAUCUUGAAGAAAAUCCUGGUCUGUACUUCAAAUAGUUGUAUAUGUGUAGAAGACUGUUUCUAGCUUGUGGAUGGCAGAUGCAUAUGCUAGUGGGUUUGCUUAAAUUUGGUUCUCUGUAAAUAAUUGCAUCUUUUGUAUGGAUGCUUGUAGCAAAUACUUCAUAAAUUCUCCUACAAAGUUCUUGUAGAUCCAAGUGAAUCUAGACCUGAUAUUAGAACA